CUCUCUCUCUCUCUCUCUCUCUCUCUCUCUCUCUCUCUCAUCAUGUCAAGGCUCACAGAACCACUGACGGUGGGGAGAGUGGUGGGAGAGGUGGUGGAUAGUUUCAACCCUUGUGUGAAAAUGAGUGUAAUUUACAACUCCAACAAGCAAGUUUCCAAUGGCCAUGAGCUCAUGCCUUCUGUCAUUGCUACUAGACCUCAUGUCGAGAUCGGUGGUGAAGACAUGAGGACUGCUUUUACACUGAUUAUGACAGACCCAGAUGCUCCAAGCCCUAGUGAUCCUUACCUAAGGGAACAUCUCCACUGGAUUGUCACAGACAUCCCUGGUACCACUGAUGCUUCCUUUGGAAGAGAAAUUGUGAGCUAUGAGACUCCAAAGCCAGUGAUCGGAAUCCACCGAUACGCAUUCAUACUGUUCAAACAGAGAGCAAGACAGACAGUGAGGCCACCUGCUUCAAGAGACAAUUUCAACACAAGGAGCUUCUCUGAAGAGAAUGGUCUGGGACUUCCGGUUGCUGCAGUUUAUUUCAAUGCACAGAGAGAAACUGCAGCAAGAAGAAGAUGAAUCUAGAGAGAGGGAGAGAGAGAGAGAGUUUAAAUUAAUGUUUCAGUUUCAGUUUCAGUUAGAUGUGAGAAUGAGACAAUAGUGUCAACUUGUCAGCUUUGAAUCACGCGCACUAUAAAAAUAGUGUUAUACGAGUGUGUAUUGGGUACGUUCAAUACAUAUUUAGUACGGCAAAUAUAUUUGAGUAAUGCUAGGUAUCAUGAAAAUUUUUUCAUGAAAAUAAUCAUGAAAGAUUCAUAAUCUUUGGAUUACACUUAAAAUAAAGCACCACACACUAAUCAAGCUAAUCCAAGGGUCAUAAAUUUUUCAUGAUCAUUUUCAUGAAAGUUUUUUUAUAAUCCUAAAUUUUUCUCAAUAUAUUUAGAUACGUCGUGGAUAUGACAUGGAUAUACGACAUCAAUACAGCGAGGUGAAAUUAUUAUUCUUUUUUUGACAGCUGUUAAAAUUUGU